AUGUAUGACACAUGGGAGGUUUCAGGAGGUGUAGGACAGUCCAGUGCGCAUAUUGCAGGAAGUAAAUCAUACACGGAGAGAUACCACACGCAACGAUGCGAGGAGUAUCUAUGUACCCUCCAUUAUAAAGAUAGAAACAGUACUCGGACGAGAGCUCCUCCUUUUACACUCGGAAGUGACAAGACGUGCAGGUUGAUACUUGGCAUAACCACUCUUCCAAUGUUGACACGGUUCCGACGCUUUCUUGGCUUCACCCUCAAAACAACAGAGCUUCCUAUUAUUGUACUACCACAGGAUGACAAGACAUUGAGAGCCCUUUAUGAGGCAGUCCCACCACUGAAGUCGUAUCACCCAGUUACCGAAGCUGAUGACCUGUGCUCCCAGUUGUUCACAGGAGUUAGCAAAAGUCAUUUGAACAUUGAUGACCUGGCGUUGGGGACCCUAGAAUCCUAUCAUAUAGGCUUUGAGGCGUGUGCUCGGUUGUCAUAUGAGUGCUGGACAUGGUACAAAGUGCAGAAGUAUGAUAUGUUCCUGACUUCAGAGAUUCGACAACAGUGCAUGUCUCAGGUAGGUGAGAUGGGAGUCUCUGCCUUGGGAAAUAUUGGUCGCCACUUCAUUUGGGCGCAAUACAAUCCGGAUGCGGCUGUCCGUCAGGAGUCCACUGAAAGGUUCCAAGUAUGGAAGAGUGCAAUUGGGACGGUAGAACAUUGUGACCCUGUGACACUACAGAGACUUGGUCUGGAACAAGAGUCUGUGGCUGAUUGGGCAGAAACCACCAGGAGAUCCAGAAGAUAUUUUGAUAAAAUACAGUCUAAUUCACCGGCUGACAACUUGGCAAAACAGAGAGGUGCGCUUCAGGACACAUUAAUCUCUAUGGCAUCUCCACUUCGUGAGAUUUACAUCAGGCUGAGAUGGGUGAGGACUGUGGUUCUAAGUUUCCUCAGAGCAUCCCAUCAAAGAUCGAUGAAUCCGGCAAGAUUUGAACGCUUGGCACUCUCCCCUAGCUGCCUUGGGGUGACAAGUCCUCACUCCGAUAAUCACGCAUCACACUACAUAGAUGAGGUACUCAACAGUAUAGCAGCAUUCCCAGAUGACAAGACACGGCCUCAUCAGUCCCGGCUUUCCAAGCGGCAGACCAAGGGGCAUCAGCACCAGCUGAUAGCGAAUUGCCGAGCAGGAGUUGCAAACUUGUACUGGGGAGUUGCAACUUUGGACUAUGAGCUCACCAGUGUUCACAUAACAAAGAAUCAGGGCUCUCUGCACCCGGAAACGGACUACACAACUUCCUCUGAGCUGGAGGAGUCUAUCACUACAAACGAGGCAGACAAAACAGCCUCACCGGCAGCUUGUCGCAGGUUGGGUCGAACUCGAUGGAUGUCUCGUGGAAAUCUAGGGGCUCUGGUGCUAAUGGAUCGUGUCUCCUCUGCAAUCGAUGUAGCCAAAGAAUGA